GUUAAAUAAAUGCACGAUGAUCUGAUUUGAAGUAUAUGUCUAAUCUAAAAAUGUCUUAUCGGAAAGGAUCCACAAUUUGCGACGUAAUUUUUUGCACAAUUAUUAAUUGUGGAUUUUUCACCCAUUUAUAAAGGGAUUCAAAAACUUUUCAACCCUGAACGAUUUUUAUAAUAUUUUACUAAAUCUCUUUAUAUAAAGUGAUCUCGAAUAUCAAGGAUAAAAGGAAUCUUACAAAGUUAACAAAAUUAUAAAUCAUGACAAUUUCAUCAGUUGCAGUUAUUGGUGCCGGUCCAUCAGGUUUAAUCGCUCUUGAUUCAUUAAUCAGAGAACAGAAGUUCGACAGAAUUAGAUUAUUUGAAAGAAAAGCUGAAGCUGGAGGUCAAUGGGUUUUCAAUAAAGAACCUCCUGAACCUUUGGGUAAUAUUAAACAAUUAAGUCAAAGAGUUGCUAAUAAACAUGAUAUUAUUCCUUCCCGAAUACCUUCAUAUACUCCCAAGACUAAUAAGCACAGAUACGCCGAUACUGCUAUCUAUUCAUACUUAGAAUCGAAUGUGGAAGCUAAGAUCAUGGAGUUCACUGAGGAGGUUUUCCCAGAAGGUCCAACUGAGAAGUCAAUUGCUAAAUAUGGUGAAACUAGUCCAUUCAGACAUUAUGGUAAAGUCAAAGAUUGGAUUCAAGAUUUAUAUAAACGAAAAGGGUAUGAUGAUCAUAUUGAAUUCAAAACUUCAGUGGAAUUAGCUCAAAAGGAUGAAAAAACAGGUAAAUGGGUAUUAACAUUGAGAAAAUUUGGAGUCAAGAAAGAUUACGUAUGGCAUGAAGAAUUCGAUGCUUUAUUAGUAGCAUCAGGUAAAUAUACCGUACCAUAUGUUCCAAACAUUGAUGGAUUACAAGAAUUUCAUGAUACUUAUUGGGGAUCUGUGAUUCAUUCUAAACAAUAUAGAUCCAAGGAAUUCUAUAGAAACAAGAAAGUUAUAGUUGUUGGUGCUUCUGUAAGUGCUAUGGAUGCAAUUCAUGAUAUUAUCCCAGUAGUUAAAGGUAAAGUAAUCAGUUCCAUUAAGAAAUCCACUAUUUUCUUACCAAAUUUUGGUGAAUCCCCUUUUAUUCAUCCUCAAAUUGAAAGAAGAACUCAGAUUGUUAAAAUUGAUCCAUCUACUAAGACAGUUUAUUUUGAAGAUGGUAGUUCAGAAAUUGGAAUAGAUGCAUUUGUAUUUGGAACAGGUUAUUCAUUCAAUUUCCCAUUUUUACCAAACUUGGAUUUAGCUAACAAUAGAAUUCAACAUUUAUAUCAACAUGUGUUAUAUAUUGAAGAUCCAACUUUAGCCUUUGUUGGUUGUGUUGGAGGAGGAUUAACUUUCAAAGUAUUUGAAUGGCAAGCAGUAUUUGCAGCAAGAGUUUUCUCAGGAAGAGCUAAAUUACCACCGAAAGAAGAGCAGUAUAAAUGGGAGAAAGACAGAAUUGCCUUCAAAGGAGAUGUUCAUAAAUUCGUCUAUAUCAAUGGUGAAUAUGAAGAGUAUUUUAAUAAAUUACGUGAAUUGGCUACUAAUGAUGGACCAGGUAGAAAAUUACCAGUAUACGAACCAUAUUGGACUGAUAUUUUCUUUAGAGGUCAUCAAAGAAAGAUGAGAAACUUUAUCGAAAAUAAUUAUAAACUAUAA